AUGGAUGACGUGCCAAACUUUAAAAAAUGUUGUUAUUUGAUAUCAACUAUAUAACUAGUUCAGGUUACACAAGUUUAAACUUCAUGUAUCAUGAGACUCCAUUGGUAGUCAAGGUCGUUAAAAUCCACCCUCGUCGUCAAGUUUAAACAUUCACUUGUGAAACGAGGUUCCAUGGGUAUUUCUUUUUUUCAAGAUUAAGGACAACUAAAAACCCGUGUUCCUUAAAUAUUUAUUAUCUUUUUUACUAAUAUACUCAUGGUAUUUUUUGUAGUAUGCACAUCCAGCCCACACCCUUUUCCCUUAUACAUAGUGAAACAAAACAACAACUAAAAAUUCGUAAUCGUUUUAUAUAACCCUUGUUACCUCUCUCAGUAAAUAUAUAAUUUGGAUAGCAUUUUAAGUUUACUUUGUAGACAUUUUGUGUAUUGUUCUUUAUUGUAUGACUCACAGUAUUUAUAUUAUUCGGGAGUAAAAUAGGAAUCGGUUCUGUCCGUAAUGGCUCAGACAUCUGUAAUCAAAUGCAAUUUAUGUGAUGUUAAUACUGCAUUAUACUUCUGUCGAGAAUGUGCAUCAGCCCUCUGUUCUCAGUGCAGGACAACCCAUGACAAACUUCCAUCCCUGAAAAAUCAUUCUGUAACUGAUGCAAAAGGAAUAGAUCGUACGGCGUUCACUUCAGCAACACAAUGCAAAAUUCAUAAACAACAGUACAUACUUUACUGCAAAAAAUGCGAAAUAUUAAUUUGCAGUAAAUGUGUAAGCGGGGAUCAUAAUGGUCACAUCACGGCUGACACUGAUGCAGUUGUAGGGGAUUUACGAGAGUAUGUCACCACAAAAGCAGCUGAGGUCAAAACAAAGGAAAAAGGCGUUUUUAGAAAACUUCACGAAAAAGCUGAGGUCCAGCAGACUCUGACAAAGGAUGCGCAAACAUUUAUAUCCGACAUGAAGACAACGACAGAGGAAAUAAUAAAUAUCAUCAAGUAUAGGCAAAGUAUUAAAGUUUGGCAGGUGGAAGAUUCAAAGGAACUUUGUAUUAAGGCAUUACACAAAAACACAACAAAAUUGAAAAAAAUAUGUACGGACCACACUGCAGUCCAUGAUCGCUUAAACAAAUUGUUGACAGAAACUCAUGGUAUAAGUUUUCUUCACUCGUUCCAUAUCUUACAGAAAGAAAUUAAAGAUUUGGACGAUGCAAUGAUUGACGAAAAUUUUCAAAUGGAACAAAUCCCAAAAUACAACAUCAAAAUAUUUCUGGAAGAACUGCUUGAACAAAUUGCUUCAAAGUUUCAAUUAAGAUUACAAAAUAUUGAUCUCAAGCCACAGAAAGGAGACGAACUGGAACAGGAAAUGAAGGAAUCACAACAGGGAAUUGACUUAAACAAAGAGAGUUGGGCUGCUUAUCCAAAAAGCGUAACUGAUAUUUCAAAUGGUGCAUGCAUGGGUUGCGGAGUAUAUGGGUCGGAUGGAAUCACUUACAACAAGACGAACAAAAUGCCUAACAUUUCACAACCUCAGCUGCAAUAUAUUCUUGAAUGCAUUAAGCAUGAUAACACAAUAUCACUGACAAGUGUUGAAUUGGGUGAUAUGAAAUUCAUAUACAUACGAGAACUUGACGAUGGCAGAAAUGUCCACGUGUUUAAAAAAUUUAAAGAUAGAGAUCCUGAAUCGGAAAACAAGCUUGAACUCGCCAACUGUAUGCUUUACCUGCAAUCCUCUAAAAAAGUCACAAUUAUAGCUUUGAGUGAAUCACAUAAAAUACUCGGAAAAGCAGGAUUGAACAGGAUGAAUGAUAUCAUUCAAUUUUUUAAAACAAGUGUUUGGUAGGUAAAUAUAGCUACCCCAGACCAUGUACUCCCGCAAUACAGUCACCCUUAGGCUGCAUUGUUUGAAAAAAAUAUAUUAUUUUUAUUGAUUAUGCUUUUGAAAAUCAUUCAAAAAGGGGACCUUAUUGUUUUAUCAAGAUAUAAUUUAUUUGCUUCAUCACAGACGACACAAAGGUGAACAACCAAAUUAAAUUUCUGAAUAAUAUUAUGAUACUUAUCAGUUAAAGGGGCACUAGCUACGAGGUACAUAAAAAAUCUAAAAUAUGAUUUGUUUUGUUCAAUCAUUAAUGAAAGUGAAAUAGUGAAAUAGUAAUUCGUUUUUAGCAGCUAGUCUGGUUCAAUCUUGUCAAACUAAGCUAACAAACAUUGAUGAUGAAUUAAUCACUUGCAAUAGAAUAAUUCGUCCUCAUUGAAUCCGUAUUCAUGUGAACUUCAAUUUAACCCCUUAGCUAGAGCUGGAUAACGCAUGAAUUGUUCGUGUUAAGUUAUUUAAAGGAAAAUAAUGUCAAAAUUGAAAGUGAAACAAAGGUAAAUAAUUUGAAUGAUUGAUUCGAUCCACAAAACAUCAUUCUUAUACAGGUAAAAACCGUGAUAAACAUAUAUUUUUAAUCUACAAUAUGAAAUUAACCAGACCUAGAACAAUAUAAUUGGACGAGUUGGCUUUCUAUUUACAUCUAUAUUUAUGUUUAUAUCGCUUAUAUGACCAUCGGAGGUCUUCGGAGGUCAACUCGAUAGUUAAUUAGAUACCAUCUAGACUAAAAUACACACGAAACGAAGCUUCAUAUUAUCGAGCCCAUACCCUGUAAAUUGUUUAUUUUAGACUUUUUAUAAUUUGGAUAAACGUUUUACUUUGUUAUAAAUCAAAUAUGAGAAUUUGAGUCAAAUCGGUGAACAUGAAUUUGACAGCUAGUGCCCCUUUAAUAGUUUACAUUUUAAUAGGAACUGUCAUUUGUUUUUCUUGCUUUGUUUCAUUUUUUUCUUUCAAUUUGUUUUUUGUGUGUGUUUUAUUUUUAUUUUAUUUUUUUUAUAUAUAUAUACAUAUGUAUACUUUAUUGUAACACAUUUAACUCUGUUUCUCACAGUUUCAUAUAAUUACUCGCCAAAAUGAAGUACUAAAAAUAUAUAAAGGAAUGAGUGUAUAUACAUAAUAUCUAUGUUACAAUGUAUAUGAAUUUAAGGCGCAAUUACUGUUUAAGUAAGCCGCCUACUUAAACUAAUAACAACAACAACAUUUGUAAGAACUAACAACCCACAAGAACUUCUGAACUGAUGAUUUCAGUCUUGUAUUGUCUUACCUUUGCUAGUUAGAGUUUCGAGUUAAAUCAAAUAUUCCUCUAUUAUCAAUUCGACAUAAUAAUAACAUGCUUUAGAAUACCAUAUAACCUUAGAUCCUUUCACAUCUUUGGACAAGUGGGAUGUUAUAACUCAAGUAUGUCAGGUAGUAGGUUGGUUCCAAUCGUAAAUUCAUUAUACCCUCGGAAUAUACAAAUUGCAAGUUUAUAAACUUGAACCAGACUAGGACAGUUUACGGUUGGAAAUACUAAACUGCAAACUCUGCAAUAUAUAAGAGUGAUAUUAUAAGUUUCAAAUAAACUAACUACGACAUAAUGACAUAAUGGUA